AUGCCUGAGCGUGGAAUUUAUUUUGCAAGCAGACCACUUACUGACGUUCAAUUCAGAUUGAUCCUUGAAUAUAGCGAACCAGUAGUCGAUGUAUUGCAAUCAUUCGAUGAUUUUACCGAAAAUAUCAACAAACAGCAUGUUUCCGCACUAUCUAGUAUUCUGGCAGAAGAGUGUACUUUCAGAUGGCAACAAAAACUUCAUUUUGGAAGGGAUAAAUUUAUUACUACGCCACAGUCGCAAACCGAAAGUUGUCCUAAACAAGAAAGCAGAAGCCAUGAUGAAGUAACAACGAAAGUUGAAAAAGGCGGUAGCAGGGUGUUUACUCUCAUUGAUGGUGAAGAACCUACCGCAAUCGGAAAGGCAACUACGAAGUUGAAUAUUCAAGCAGGAGAAAAUAGCUUAGGAGAAAGAAUUGCUACGUACAGAAAUAGGCGAAUAAAACCGGCAAUGAUGACACAUCGGAAACCAAUAACUGAUUUACCACAUAAGGAACAUCAAAUAAAAACAAGAAGUGUACAGCGUAGCAAGCAGAUGAUGUACAUUAUGGCCUAUUUGGGUCCAGCGCAGAAUAACUCGCAAGUAUAUGAUGAAAGUAAUCAGUAUGUUCUAUGCAAAAUCACAGCAAUUAAUGGGACAAAUGUUAUCAUAGAACCAGACUUAUUCUCCACAAGUAACACCAUUGAAAGUCGUUAUGGCAUCUAUAAAGCACGCUUGUUCGUCGUUAAAAAUGAAAAAUUUGACCGUGUCGAUGACGCCAGUUCAGAUCAGUUAUGGUUUGAAAAAGAAGAAAGUAGUACGAUGAGCGAUUUUCCAGCUGAAAAAACUACAAAACUCGUUUAUCUUAUCGAUAUUGAACGAGCGGUAAACUUUCCCCACGACGGAUUGUGCAUUAAAUAUAAAGUCGACUUGCCAUUGCAAUGCACACUAAUUGAUUUAUCUCCAGUGCAUAGAUGGUCAAUAGUUACUGAUUCAAGUCCACAAGCAGAGGAUGAUGUGGCCGUAUUUUCACAACCAAUAUGUGUCACAAUAAUUGUCAAAGAGCAAUUUUUUGAGAAUUUUUACUGGCCCAGAAUAAUAUUUCGACUUUGUGGGGAAGAUUAUUGGGGACGCUUCUUCGUAAAUGGCUUUGGGCAAUUAACAUUACCUUCUCGACCCGGAAGACAUCAAUUCGACAUUAGAUGUUGGCGAUACGAGCGCAAAUAUGACAGGAGAGGCGUACUAUUCGAAAACUUUAUCUCCGAAAUGGCUGAUUUCAAACAAACGGAGUUGACUUUAGCUAGUGAAUCGAAAACAUGCAAAGUGGGCCCAGUAGCAUCUAGCAUAGGACUUAAUGCAAUAAGUUCCGGAAUCCUUAAAAUUAAUGUACAGUGUAUUAUGCAAAGUCGAGCAUUCAUUUCUCAUGAAUUCUUUUGCAAAAUGAAAUAUGGGAUCUUGAUGCGACAUGAUGGAAUGCAAUCACGAAUUCACUGGAACAUACUUAAAGUACUAUCAAAAUUUGAGGAAGCGAGAAGAAACCUUCUUGUGAUUCGGAACCAGCCCAUACCUUCUGUUGGAAAUAAAAUUUCGUAG